UCCCGCCCCCCGCUCCCCAUUGGCCGCGCCCAGCCGCCGCGCAUCCCAUUGGCCGGCCGCUCUUGGAGGCCGAGCUGCCAUUGGGCGCGAGAGCUGCCGCUCCGGGAGGGGGCGGGGCCGUUGCCGGGGAGCGGCGGCGGGAUGUGGCUGCGGGGGGCGCGGGGGGCGCGCGGCCUGGCGGGGGGACGCCGGGGGGAGCACCCCGGAGCCCCCGACCCGGGCACCGCCACCGCCUGCAGCCGUCGGAAGCGCUCGGACACCCCGGGAACGGACAGUGGCAGCAGGGGGGGCUCGGACCCCCCGGAAAGCGACCACCGGGCAGAGACCCCAGGGGACGAGGGGGCAGAGCCCCCCUUUUCCCACCCCCCCGACCUCGAACCGCCCACGAACUGCUGCAUGAGCGGCUGCGCCAACUGCGUCUGGAUCGAGCACGUGGAGCGGCUGCUGCAGCACUACGGGGACGGGGGCGAGCGGGCGCUGGCGGCCGUCGAGAGGCACGUGCAGGACGAGAGCAUCAAAAUGAUCCUGCGGACGGAGAUCAGGCUGCGCGCGAAGAAGGACUGAGCCCUGCCUCAACGGUCGCCCGGCGGAACCUCCCCGCUGUGCUCCGGGAGCCGCUUUGGGGUGCCCGGUUUGUGGGGUCGGGGCCCGGUUUCUUCGGGGUGCUCACUUGUGGGGGCUGAGGCAGGGGGGGGGACGCUGCGUGGUGCCCCCUGGGGCCAGCUGCUUUUGCUCCCUCAAGCCUUUUAUAUAUAUAUAUAAAUAUAUAUAUACGUACACACUUAUAUAUACUUAUAUAUAUAUUUAUAUGUAUAUGUGUGUGUGUGCAUUUAUAUUUAUAUAUAAAGCGCCUGUCACCAUAUUGAUAAAACACUCUGGAACCGCCCUGACGGCAGGGGUAGGAACAGAAGAUGACCCGUUAGCAGCUCAGCACUUCUGUUUCCAACCAAAUUUAUUUAAAAAAAUAAAAAAAAAAAAGCCACCGGACUUCACUUCCCCCACGCCGAGGGCAGGGAUUUUCCCCUUGCCUCGUCCUUGCGGCGGAAGGAACCGUAAGCGCCUCGGGUGGCGUGAGAGGAGCGCGGUGAUGGCCAUGGCGCGGUGUCACACCGCCCCGCUAAGCCUCUUAGGGGCUUCUCGGCACCGAGGGCUGGGGGCAGGCGUUCCCCCCCCGGGGGCCUCUCCGUGCCCGUCUCCCCCCCGCCGUGGGAUUUUGCAGCGUGCGGCCCGGGCACGUGGGCCCCGCAAGGGCAGCGCGCCCGGCUCCGUGGUGCGUAUCGGUGCCUCUUCCUCCUCGCUCGUCCCUGCCUUAAAACCCCUUAAACUUCACCUUGAGGCGUCACCUCCCUAAAUCCCACCGGGAUGAGCAGGGACUCAGCCCGCUGACGCGUGGGCCUCGGCAGGAGCCGGGCAGGAUCUGGCCCCGUCCCGCCCGGACGAGCUCGCCAAGGGCACUGCCUGCCCCCGAGAGCGGCUCAGCGCUAACGAAGCUCGGUCUGGAAGCGGUAAUUACCAGCAGGGCCCUGGCCUUUGCUGGAGAGGUAGCUGGUUCCGCCGGCUCCGUGUGAAACGCUCCUGGAUCCGUGUAAUCCUAUUUGGUGAAGUCUAGCUAAUUGCCAGCGGUGGAAGGGGCUGGCGUUCAAUUAAAGUGUGCUGAGA